UAAUCCUUUUGACCAGGGACUGCCCAGCUGUCCAAUAGCAGUGCACGUUCUCAUCUCGCCGGCCUCGAUUCUUUUGUCUGUUGCGCCUCGAGUGCGCGCCCUUGCGAUUCCUCCAUCGUGUGCCUCCUAUCCAAGCUCCGCCGCCGAGCUUGUUGAGCUGUAUUACGCCCAUCAUGGCCUCCAUACGCACGACCGAGCAUACAAAAACCGAUCAGGAGCUUGCCGUCAGCAUCAAGAAGGCUACCAACCCCGAUGAAAUCUCUCCCAAGCGCAAACAUGUGCGAGCAUGUAUUGUCUAUACCUGGGAUCACCGAUCCUCGCAACCCUUCUGGGCUGCUAUGAAGGUCCAACCCAUUCUUGCCGACGAGGUCCAGACAUUCAAAGCUCUGAUAACCGUCCACAAAGUUUUGCAGGAGGGCCAUCCUUCGGCUCUGAAGGAGGCAAUGGCCAACCGCGGCUGGAUUGAUUCCUUGAAUCGCGGAAUGAGCGGAGAGGGAGUUCGUGGAUAUGGGCCCUUGAUCCGCGAAUACGUAUACUAUCUCCUCGCGAAGCUGUCCUUUCACCAUCAACACCCGGAGUUUAACGGCACAUUUGAGUAUGAAGAGUACCUCAGCCUCAAGGCCAUCAAUGAUCCGAACGAGGGAUAUGAAACCAUCUCCGACCUGAUGGUGCUGCAAGACAAGAUAGAGCAGUUUCAAAAAUUGAUCUUUUCGCAUUUUAGAAAUGUUGGAAACAACGAGUGUCGAAUUGCAGCCCUGGUGCCAUUGGUUCAGGAGAGCUAUGGCAUUUACAAGUUCAUUACUAGCAUGCUGCGCGCCAUGCACUCGAUCACUGGUGACGAUGAUGCACUGCAGCCCCUCCGUCAAAGAUACGACGCUCAGCAUUAUCGCCUGGUCAAAUUCUACUACGAAUGCUCUAAUCUUCGAUAUCUGACAAGCCUCAUCACAAUCCCCAAAUUGCCUCAAGAUCCGCCCAAUCUCCUUGCUACUGAUGAUGAUGCCCCGGCCCUGCCCGCCAGACCAAAGCAAGAAAUCGAGCGCCAGCCAUCCCCCGCACCAGCUCCUAAGUCAGAUGAGCCAGAUGAAAUAUCCGAAUUUUGGAAGGGCGAGCUGGAUCGUCAAAACCGCGAAUACGAGGAGCAACAGCGACGUGAACAGGAGGCUCUUCUCGCACAACAAGCGCAGUGGCAAACUCAGGGUCGCCUGGCCGAACUCGAACGAGAGAAUCUCAAUGCCCGAGCCCAAUACGAACGUGACCAGCUGAUGCUGCAGCAGUACGACCAGCGUGUCAAGGCGCUUGAGGGCGAGUUGUUGCAAAUUCAAAAUAGCUAUGGACACCAGAUGAGUAGCAAGGAUGACCAAAUCAAAGCGCUACAAGAGCAAGUCAAUACUUGGAGGUCCAAAUAUGAGUCCCUCGCAAAGCUGUACUCUCAGCUUCGGCAUGAACACUUGGACCUGCUACAAAGAUUCAAGGCGGUACAACUGAAGGCGGCAAGUGCUCAGGAAGCAAUCGAAAAGCGCGAAAAGUUGGAGCGCGAGAUUAAGACGAAGAAUCUUGAGCUAGCCGACAUGAUCCGAGAGCGCGACCGAGCUCUUCACGAUAAGGAUCGGGCCAGUGGAAGCAGCAAGGAUGAGGUAGAGAAGCUCAAGCGAGAGCUACGCUUGGCACAAGAUCGGGCGGACAACCUUGAGCGUAGCAAGGGCAAUGAGCUGUCCACGAUGCUCUCCAAGUACAACCGUGAGAUGAGCGACUUGGAAGAGGCACUGCGAAACAAGUCGCGGGCGUUGGAGGAGGCGCAAAGCAAAAUUCGCGAGGGCGAUUCCGAUCUCGAGCAACUCCUGCGCGACAAAGAAGAAGAGCUUGAGGUGUAUAAAGCGGGGAUGGACCAGACGCUCAUAGAGUUGAACGAGCUGAAACAGAAUCAGGGAGAGACGGACCAUGCACUGGACGGACAAAUCGACGCGCUGAUCCUAUCAAACUUGGACAAGAUCAACGACAUUAUCGAUUCGGUACUACAGGCUGGUGUCUCGCGGGUGGAUGACGCUCUCUACGAGUUGGAUUCGUCCAUGCAAGCAGGCAACCAGAAUGCAUCGCCGUCAUAUGUCCUGUCUCAGAUUGAGAAGGCGUCUGGGAGUGCAAUGGAGUUUGCCACGGCUUUCAACAACUUCAUCGCUGACGGGCCCAAUAGCACACACUCAGAGCUGAUCAAGGCUAUCAACGUCUUUUCUGGAGCUGUUGCCGAUGUGUGCAGCAAUACAAAGGGUGUGGUGCGCUUGGCGACGGAUGACAAAAAGACAGACUCACUGAUGCAAGGCGCAAGGCAAGCGGCUCAAUCUACGGUGCAGUUUUUCAGAGGCCUACAGAGCUUCCGCCUCGAAGGGAUGGAGCCACUGCAAAAGACAGACGUCGUCAUCAAUAGCAACAACGAUGUGCAGAUGAAACUGCAAAAGCUCAACAAGCUGGUCGAGGGCCUUGCCCCGGGCUUUGGAAAGCUGAUGAACAACAAGGGAGACUUGGGAGACCUGGUUGACUCGGAGUUGAGUAAAGCGGCUGACGCCAUCGCAGCGGCGGCUGCUCGCCUCGCUAAACUGAAGAACAAGCCUCGUGAUGGAUACACGACGUACGAGGUCAGAGUGCAUGAUUCAAUCUUGGAUGCUGCGACAGCCAUCACAACGGCCAUUGCGGAGCUCAUUCGCGCGGCAACGGCGACACAACAGGAGAUUGUUCAAGCCGGACGAGGCUCAUCGUCGCGAACGGCCUUUUACAAGAAGAAUAACAGGUGGACGGAGGGCCUCAUCUCGGCGGCUAAAGCGGUAGCAUCGUCAACCAACACGCUCAUCGAGACGGCGGACGGAGUGCUGUCUAACCGAAACAGUCCAGAGCAGCUGAUUGUGGCAUCCAACGAUGUCGCAGCGUCGACGGCCCAGUUGGUGGCAGCCAGCCGAGUCAAGGCUGGCUUCAUGUCUAAGAGCCAGGAUCAUCUGGAACAGGCUAGCAAAGCUGUUGGAGCAGCAUGCCGAUCGCUGGUGCGCCAAGUUCAGGCCAUGAUUCGUGAGCGAAGCCAGGAGGAGGAUCAGGUGGAUUACUCCAAACUUGGAGCACACGAGUUCAAGGUUCGCGAGAUGGAGCAACAGGUUGAGAUCUUGCAACUGGAAAACGCGCUUGCCUCAGCAAGACACCGUCUUGGCGAAAUGCGCAAGAUCUCCUACCAGGAGGAAUAGAAAGCGGCCCCCUUUUUGUCUGCGAGCUUAUUGAACCUUACAACUUUAUCCAAGGUAGUCCUGAUAUCCUGACAGUUGCUUUUACGGGCCAGUCAUUUCAGUGAUAUAACUGUGUAUUUCGUCAUCUUAUUAUCCAUAGAGGAUACGAUUUCGUAUCAGUGGUUUACUUUUCCAAUACUCAAAUUGUAUUCCC